CCUUGGUUCCCUGCCCAGCGGCUCCCGGUGAGGCCCGUCUCUGGAGCACCGGAGGGAGCCCGGCUAGCACCAGGGACAUGGAGGAGCUCUGGCGCUCCUACAGCCGGCUGUGCAAGGAAAGCGGGGCCGAGCCCCAGGAGACUGUCCUGCAGCAACUGCACGAGCUGCCGCGGGGCCGGCUGGACCUGGCCACACAGAGCCUGACUGUGGACACCUGCAGGGCCCUGGGCAAGCUGCUGCAGAAGGAGGCACUGUUGACCCAGCUAGUCCUGAGUGAUUGCAUGCUGAGUGAGGAAGGGGCCACACUGCUGCUCCAGGGGCUGUGCACUAACACCGUUGUGCGGUUCCUGGAUCUAAAAGGCAAUAACCUUCGAGCUGCAGGGGCCGAGGCUCUGGGAAAACUCCUCCGACAGAACAAGUCCAUUCAGAGCCUCACCCUGGAGUGGAAUAACCUGGGCACAUGGGAAGAUGCCUUCGCCACCUUUUGCGGGGCCCUAGCCACCAACGGCGCCCUGCAGCACCUGGACCUCCGUAACAACCAGAUCAGCCAUAAGGGUGCAGAAGAGCUGGCCCUGGCCCUGAAGAGCAACGCCAGCCUCCAGCAGCUGGACCUGCGCUGGAAUAACAUUGGCCUCCUGGGUGGCCGGGCCCUGGUGAACUGUCUCCCCAGCAACAGAACCCUGUGGAGGCUGGAGCUGGCUGGGAACGGCGUCCCUGGAGAUAUCCUCAGAGCCGUGGAACAAGCCAUGGACCACAACCAGGACUGGCAGACCACCUUCUGGGAGAACCAGACCUGUGCCCACGUGCUCAGCAAGGAGAUGCAGCACCUCCGAGAAGAGAAGUCCAAGCAGUUUCUGGACUUGAUGGAGACGAUCGAUAAGCAGCGAGAAGAGAUGGCCCGGAGCAGCAGGGCCUCAGCAGCACGCUUGGGGCAGUUUCAGGAAGCCCUGAAUGAGAGACACUCCAUUAUCAAUGCCCUCAAGGCCAAGCUACAGAUGGCUGAGGCUGCCCUGGCUCUGUCGGAGCAGAAGGCCCAGGACCUGGGGGAGCUCCUGGUCACUGCAGAGCAGGAGCAGCAGAGCCUGGUGCAGAGGCAGGCAAAGGAGCACAGGCUAGAGCAGCAGGAAGCUGCGGAGCGGGAGUCUAAGCUCCUCAGAGACUUGUCUGCUGCCAACGAAAAGAACCUGCUUCUGCGGAACCAGGUGGAUGAGUUGGAGCGGAAGGUGAAAUCUCAGCAGGAGCAGCUGUUCCUGACCAGGCAGGAGCUGACCAACACGUCGGCUGAGCUGAAGAUGCGGGCUGUCCAGGCUGAGGAGCGCCUGGAGCUGGAGAAGAAAAGGUCCCGACAGAGCUUGGAGGACUCAGAGCAGCUGCGCUUCAAGGAGGUGGAACACAUGACUCGCCACCUGGAAGAGAGCGAAAGGGCCAUGCAGGAGAGGGUACAGAGGCUGGAGGCCACACGGCGGUCCCUGGAGGAGGAGCUGAGCCGAGCGAAGGCUGUAGCACUCAGUGAGCGUGGCCAGGUGGAGGAGGAGCUCAUUAAGGCCAAGAGCCAAGUUCGUCUAGAGGAGCAGCAGCGCCUGGCUCACCUGGAGGAGAAGCUGCGGCUGCUGGCGCAGGCACGGGACGAGGCUCAAAGCGCAUGCCUGCAGCAGAAGCAGACAGUGGCCGAUAGCCAGGCACGGGCCAGCCAGCUCGGCCUGCAGGUAGAGGGCCUGAGGCGGCGCCUGGAGGAACUACAGCAGGAGCUGAGCAAAAAGGACCAGGAAAAGGUGGCUGAGGUGACCAGAGUGCGAGUGGAGCUGCAGGAGCAGAACGGCCGCCUGCAGGCCGAGCUGACAGCCCAGGAAGCUCUGAAGGAGAAGGCGGCUGCCCUGGAGCGCCAGCUCAAAGUGAUGGCGAGUGAUCACCGGGAGGCGCUGCUGGACAGGGAGAGCGAGAAUGCCUCUCUCCGAGAGAAGCUUCGGCUCAAGGAAGCUGAGAUCGCCCGGAUCCGGGACGAGGAGGCCCAGAGGGCCAGCUUCCUGCAAAAUGCUGUCCUGGCUUAUGUACAGGGGUCCCCCUUGAGGGCCCUGAGCCCCCAAAAGUGAAGGGAGGCAGGGAGACUCCAGGAGCUGCGGGAAGGUGGCAUCUAUGUGACAGCUGUGUCCCACUCCUGCCUGUCCCUUCCUCCCAAGGGACAGGCCGUCAGGCAGGGCCUGGCAGCUUAAGCAGGGUCUACAGCUGGUGACUUGGAAAAUCAGUGCCAAGAUGGAUGGGCCAGUGGGACUGCUGCAUCUUACUACCACGUGCCUGGCUGCGGGGGCGCAGAGCCUGAAGGGCCAAGAGGGCCCAAGUGGCCACUGCCCCAGCCCUUCCCCACUCUUCCAUCCCAAUCCCAGGGAAUGAUGCGCCUGAGAAAAUGUUCCCAUGAUGAAAGGCAAUGUGGAGGAGGGGAGCCCAAGCUCUCCCAGCCCCAGCC